UGCGAAUGCCUCUUCAUUAAAGUCGCCUGGGCCGCGGAUUCCCUCUCCUUUUCCUGUUUGCUCUCAUAUUCAUUCUCUUCUUUCUGCUUUCCCUACGCAUUUCAGCGUGUUCCUUUACCGGUUUCGCAUCUGCAUACCUCUACAACAUCUCUCCCACCACUACCAGUCAAGCCCACGCUCUUUUUGAUUUCCCGAAUCCUCGAUACUAGCUUCGCACGAUGUUCUGGGGUAGUAGCCAGCCAAAAGAGCCGAAUAGCCCUCCCCCGCCGGAUCAGGAUGCAGACAAACCCGUUACGAGGGAGAAGCUCCCCACAAAGCUGCAGCAUUUAGUGGACCGGGAAGACGACUUUUACGAUGAUAUCUACCCAUCAUACUCCGUCGACUCCACCGACACCCCAUACCGCUACGCUGCCUACGCCCAGCGCGUUCGCACAAUCCUCCUCUCCGCCCACCGCUACGUCGCCUACACCUCCGACAUUGGCGAGUCCUUCCGCCCCGUCGCACACCCGUGGCUCGUCCGUUCCGCCUACGGUAUCUCCUGGACCUACCUAGUUGGCGACGUCGGCCAUGAGGGUUACAAGGCGUACCUGCGUAAUCGGCGCGCACUAGCCCCGCCCGGCGACGCGCACAAGGAUGCCACGUCGGAGCAGAUCCUGGUCGGCAUGGCUACGGGGAAUAUUAGCAUGCCGCUGUCGAGCGAGGGGAGGGCUAAGGAGAAGGAUUCGUUGACGCCUUGGCCGACGACGGAGAUUUCGCUUGCUGAGGAUUAUCGCAUGGUUAUGGUUAAGCGAGCUGUGUUUCAGAGUAUUGCUAGCAUGGGAUUGCCUGCUUUUACGAUUCAUAGUGUGGUGAAGUAUUCGGGUCGUGCGGUGAAGGGGGUGAAGAGUACGCUUUUGCGGACGUGGUUCCCUAUCGGGCUUGGUCUCUCUGUCGUCCCCUUCCUCCCAUACAUCUUCGAUCACCCCGUCGAAGAAGCCGUUGACUGGGCUUUCGGUACCGCCCUCCGCCUCUACGGCGGCGAAGAUGCCGUCCGCCCUCUUCCUAACCAUGCCAUGCUCUCCAAGGCCGCCGCCGAGGAAAAUGGAAGCGUGACGACUGCCGCACAACUCUCGUGGGAGGAGUACAAGAACGAGCGGGAAAAGGCUCGUGAGCUCCGUCUGGAACAAAGCGGUUCUAAGUCGCUGUCAAGUUGGUUUGGAGGCUGGACCUCUGAAUCUGAGAAGCCGAAGAAGGAGUAGAAGAGUUGAGUUGGGCUGUAAAACGCUUUUCUCUGGCUGGAUACCUUCUGAUAUCUGUUACUAAUCCCCUCUCUUGUGGGUAUACACAUACAUCUCUCCUGUCACUUUCUUUUCUUGUACAUAGGACAUACAUAUGAAUAACUCUAUUAACUUCAGCUGAG